AUGAAUUUCUCAUUUGGCUUUGCUGGAGACGAUAUAGAUGCCUCCAACGAUGCUGGGACCCAGCAGCCCGCUGCUCCCACCAUCACACCUGCGCAAGCCGGCGCAUUCCCAACCGCGGGCAAGCCUCAACUAACUGCCACACGCCAUGACCUCUCCCAGAUGCUCGCUAUGAUGCCUUCGAAAAUUGCAUACAGCUUGUUGGACGUGACUCUUGAUGACGGAUGUGUCGUGCAGCUGCCCCGUCGCGAACUCUGGGAUGUGCGGGUGCAGCUCAUGGCAGAGGAAGAGGAAGAGAAGAACGCAGAGCAUGGCGUCAACGCGGAUGGUUCCGGCCUGGGCACACAUGAUGUUAAGACAGGGGUAUACGAAGGAGGAUUCAAGAGCUGGGAGAGUAGCGUGGACUUGGUCAAGGUGCUGGCUGCGCAGGGUAAAGUCUCUGCUGCCGAGCAGCUGCCCAUGAGAAUUAUAGAGCUUGGCUGCGGAACCGCAUUGCCAUCCAUAUCCCUUUUUCAAUGGACAAUAGAAGCCGCCAUGUCAAGCGCCGCCAUAACGCGCCAACCAACAUCAUUCAUCGUAGCAGACUACAAUCCUACAGUAUUACAGCUUGUCACAUUGCCCAACUUUAUUCUCGCAUGGGCUCUUUCUUGCCGUGAGCACACACCUGCUCUGAUCAACGCCUUCUCCCUCGACGAUGAGCUCGAGCUGCUCCCAGAAGUCGUUGCGGCGUUCCAGUCGCAUCUUGUCGCCAAUCGAAUUGCUCUCACAUUCAUCUCCGGCGCGUGGUCCCCCAGAUUCAUCGAGCUCGUGUACAACGGCAUCCCCAAUGAUGCAACAGACUCUGGCGCAGCCGCCGCCACACUACUACUCGGGGCAGAAACAAUCUACUCGCCGUUUGCGCUUCAGGCAUUUACAGAAGCCACAUUCUGUAUACUGCAACGAGAAGGCGCAAAAUAUAGCACCUCGCGAGCAGUCGCUCUGGUGGCGGCUAAGAAACUGUACUUUGGUGUUGGAGGCUCCCUAGAUGACUUUGUGGAUCAAGCUCGCGGUCGUGGAGGCGAUGUCACAAUUUUGCGCGAGGAAACAGACGGUGUGCGACGCGGUGUAGUCAAGUGCACUUUACAAGUCAGAGCAUGGCCUCUCAAGACGAUAAAUACAAGGAGGGGCUUUGCAGGCAAAGGGUGUCAAAUUGAAGAUGAUUGA